GAAUACCUUGUGGACAGUCUCCAUGCGCUCUCACUUUUUGUUUCGACAAUCGCUGAGACGGCAAAUAUCAUACAUACACGGAAAUAUAAGAUCUAUACACUCAACACCCUCGAACGGUUACCUUUUCUCCCCUGUUGCCCGCCCUCUACUUCAACGAUCUUUCCUGGUUGGAGUGAAGCAUUUACCAUGGACAAUAACGCCGGAAGAACUGAGGGAUCAGAAGAAACUGGUCGCAAGCAUAAAAGAAGGGAUUUGGGUAGAAACGAAUGGCGAUAAAAGAGACCGGAACGAGAGGUCGGAGCAAGUCAAACGGAGAAAGCUUGACAAUGGCGAGGAGGUCGUUACACCUAUCUAUGCUACCGAGUUUUCCAAGGAGGACAUUGAGAACGAGGAGCGACGACCGAAGAAAAAGGUUGCUGUUCUGAUCGGCUACUCGGGGACAGGCUACAAGGGAAUGCAAUUGAGCACAACUGAGAAAACGAUCGAAGGCGACCUCUUCUCCGCGUUUGUCGCUGCCGGUGCAAUCUCCAAGGCCAACGCGGCGGACCCGAAAAAGUCGUCCUUCGUCCGUUGCGCUCGCACAGACAAGGGUGUCCACGCCGCAGGAAACGUCGUCUCCCUGAAGAUGAUUGUCGAAGACUCGGACAUUAUAGAGAAGAUCAACGAGAAGCUCACCUCUCAGAUUCGCGUCUGGGACAUCAUCCAAGUCAACAAAUCAUUCAGCAGCUACCAAAUGUGCGACUCUCGUAUUUACGAGUACCUUAUUCCAUCUCACUGCUUCCUGCCACCUCAUCCCAGCACAUUCUUGGGAGGUAAACUGGUUGAGCUUGCCGAGAAACAUGGUGACCUUGAGGCGUACAAAGCCCGUCAGGAAGAGGUUGCGACUUUCUGGGCUGACUUCGACGAGAGAGUCAUGCGUCCGGUUCUCGAGGGCCUGCCCGAGGAUAUUCGCAAGCCAGUCGAGAAAGCUCUCCACCUAGGCAGCGACGAAGAUGAGGUUCCACAAGUCGAAUCAGCAAAGACAGAUGGAAAGACCACAAGCGAUGAGGGAGUAUCGGCCACCGAGCCCUCUUCCGAAAAUACACCUGCAGAGCCUGGCUUAGACGAUGGGCAAGCUGCUUACCGAAAACGGCUCUACGAAGCAGUCAAGGCAGUCAAGGCCGCUAUCCUGAAGGGGAGACGCGAGUACCGUAUUCCGGCUGCCCGUCUCACUCGUAUCCAAGAGGCACUUAACAAGUACGUCGGUACGCGAAACUUUUACAACUACACAAUCCAGAAGACCUUCAAAGACCCGUCCGCGAGACGCCACAUCAAGACCUUCAACCUCAACACCGAACCAAUCAUCAUUAACGGCACUGAAUGGCUGAGCCUUAAGGUGCACGGUCAGAGUUUCAUGAUGCAUCAAAUCCGCAAGAUGGUGGCUAUGGCUACACUUGUCGUCCGAUGCGGCUGUGAUCCCGAGCGCAUCCCCGAGACCUAUGGCCCUACCAGACUUGCUAUUCCGAAAGCUCCAGGUCUCGGCCUGCUCCUUGAGCGCCCAGUAUUUGAUGCGUAUAACAAGAAAGCGGUUGAAUCCGGCAAGAAGGCCAUCUCGUUUGAAACCAGCACCAAGGAAAUGGAUGAGUUCAAGCAGCGUGAAAUCUACGACCGUAUCUUCCGGGAAGAAGAGGAAUCUCAUGCUUUCGCUUCAUUCUUCAACCACAUCGACCAUUUCCCCCAGGACGAGUUUCUGUACAUCACCUCGGCCGGCAUUGCAGCAGCCACAACCUUCCCUGAGAAGGGAGCGAAGGGCGAUUCCACUGCCUCAGGACAGAAGUCUCAAAAAGAUGCCCUGAAGCAGAUUGAAAUCGAAUCAGAGGAUGAGCGCGGGGCAGAGGAGGAAGGGUGAUUAUAUAUCCGCGUAUAUAUUUACCUAUAUGUGAAGAGAUAUGUAGUAGAUCUUUUGAAGACAUGAUGCACUUGACGCCUUGAAUAGUCUAUAUGCCUUUUGAUUUCUCUGUAACAGUGCUGCCGUUUUGAUGGUGGGAGCCUCCGCGACCUGCCGGUCCCGAGAGUGUCGAAGUAGAGCAAAGAAGUAUCCCACGAAGCACUUUGGAUGCCUUUUUGAGGGUGCGAGCAG